UUUUCAUAUAAAAUAACAUAAAUUUAUUUUGAUUGCUUUAUAUUUCGAAUUUUCGAUCUCCUAUGUUGCCAUCCAAUCUACUUGGGACCAAUUUUUGGAUACGUAGUCCAAUUCUAACACGUCAUUGCCAUUGUUGCUGGGAUUUGACAAUGCUUCGUUAGUGCUGAAUAGGACGUUCGAGAAUUCCUAUUUAUUUAUAUGUAAAUGACCGAUAAGUUUAUUCUGAUUGCUUAACAUUUCAAUUAUUUUGACCUAUGUUUAUAUAACUACCAAGGUAGAAUAGAAGGGCGUUCAUUUGUUGGGAUCCUGUUUUACUUUCAUCUCUAUUGUGUUCGUCACAUUUGAAGUAUUUAAUAAAAAUGUAGCGUUGAAUGUCACGGAUUAAACAGGCUCCAUUAAUAUAUCUCGGUACUUCAUAAAACAAUUGGUCUACUAUUUCUCCAAAAGUUUGCAUUCGUUUAAAGGACAUUGCAACACAUUACCGUAUAUAUUUAUCAUUUAUAACAUGUAUUAGAUAUAAUCAUUUGAAUAAUGAAUGUUGUGUUUAAUAUCACGCCGAUUGAGUGAAGAGAACUCAGCCAGAUUUACAAGUGUUGCCUUGCAUGCCCCUGGGAGACGGCCCUCCCCCGCCCCUCCCUCCGCUGAUGGCCGCGUUGCUGCAGGAAAAGUUCAUAACUCUUCUCAAAUAUCACUGCUAUCGCGACCAUUAUCACUUACAUCAUUCGUUGGAUUUAAUAGUGAUUUAAGAAUUUUUUUCUUUCCUUCCGCCAAAUGCAAUUGAGGAAACAUAUUUCCGGCAAAUAUCAAUAAGAAGUAGCCAGCCUUGCGUCAUGAGCUCAUUGCCAGCGCUUGGUCAAGGGAGGGAAGGACGCCGAGGGACGUCUAAGGGACGACCGUGCGACCCCUGGGCUUCCCGAGCACAAGUCCAGCGAUAAGAAUUAAUUACUCAGAGCAGUAUUAUGUUUCUUCUUUAUUCCUGGCGAGGUCGUUUAUAUGAGCAGCUCUACUCGACCUUAGUCUGAUAUUUAUGAAGGCGUUUGGUUGUAAUUGUUCAUUAUUCUGACCUGCAUGUGGAAGGCAUGUCCCUUCGAAGAAACUGCCUCGGAACAUUUCUCCUUCCGUAUUAAUUUCGUGUCACGUCAAGAAUUGUAUCAUUUCGUUGAUGUCGCUUUCGUAUGUUGACCUCUUCGCUGCACCAAUGAUUUUUCUUCCAUUUACCCUGCCACACUUUUGUUUAGAUAUCAUUAUUCCCCGCGUAUAAUAACUUAGAAAUAUACGAUGAAGACGUUAGCGGUAGCGUUACUCGCGUGCCUCGUGACGCCGGCGCUAUGCCGCGUGAUGAGCGUGACGCUGCAGGAUGACCCGCUGGAAGGCAACACCGAGGUUACUUUGCAGCUACACGACGGACUUGCAGACAACUGGAUCGCCAGAACUAAUUACUCCGAUGAAACUUUCACUAACGGGUGGGCGUUCCUGGAGCUGGAGACGCGACCGGUGGCGAGUGACAGCGUGCAGGCCUACAGCGCCGGCUACCUGGAGGCCGCGGCCUCCCAUGCCAUCAUCUACAACAGCUGGCGGAACACGAUGAAGGGCUACUGUGACUGGCAGGGCGAGGAAUAUUGCGUCAAACUCCGCGAGUUCGUCAAGAUAAACUUCAAGUGGAUGCUUUCGAUGAUAAAAAAGCACUCUGCCGAUGAUCCUCUCUGGUACCAGGCAGGCCUCGUGCUGCGGCAGCUGCAGGGCCUCAUGGACGGCUACGCUAAGCACAACACCGAGGGCGACAUUCCAUCCGAGGACAUCCUUUGGAUGAACAUGAGCGGUGACCUGGAGGACCUGGAGAGCGCGCUGAAGCAGGACAACAGCAGCCGCGUGGUGCGGGGCGACGGCCACUGCUCGGCCCUCGUCAAGCUCCUGCCUGGCAACACCGACCUCUUCGCCUCGCACGUCACCUGGAACUCAUUGCAGUCGAUGCUGCGCAUGCAGAAAAGAUACAUCCUGCCAUUCCAGCCUGAGAAGUUCAAGCAGGGCGUAGCACGCGUGCCCGGCCACACCGCGGCGUUCUCAUCCUACCCCGGCAUCCUGCACUCCGCCGACGACUUCUACCUCCUCUCCUCCGGUCUGCUCAGCAUGGAGACCACCAUCGGCAACAGCAACCCCGCCCUCUGGAGCAACAUCCAGCCUCAGGGCGAGAUCCAGGAAUGGAUCCGCGUGCUGGUGGCCAACAGGCUGGCGGUGGACGGCAAGAGCUGGACGAAGAUCUUCCGUCGCCACAACAGCGGCACCUACAACAACCAGUGGAUGGUGGUCGACUACAAGCGCUUCUUGCCAAACAAAGUCGUCAAACCCGGCACAUUGUGGGUUCUGGAACAGAUCCCAGGUCUCAUCGUCGCCCGAGACCAGUCCCAACAUUUGCAAGAAACCAGCUACUGGGCGAGCUACAACGUCCCGUAUUACACUUCGAUUUUUAAUGCCUCUGGCCAACCUGCCCUGGUUGAGCAGUACGGAGACUGGUUUUCUUACGACAAAACCCCGCGCGCCCUUAUCUUCAAACGCGACCAUGUUAAGGUCCGAGAUCUGGGCAGCAUGAUAAGCCUCAUGCGCUACAACGACUUCAAGAACGACCCUCUAUCUAAGUGCGACUGCGAUCCGCCCUAUAGCGGCGAGAACGCAAUCUCUGCUCGGAAUGACCUCAACCCCUCGAAUGGAACGUACCCCUUUGGUGCUCUUGGUCAUCGGUCCCAUGCUGGCACUGACAUGAAGGUGACUUCGUCUGCGCUGUUUUCUGAGAUGCAAUAUCUCGCCGUCAACGGACCGGCCCACGACAACCUGCCCGUGUUCCGCUGGAGUACCUCGGACUACGGCAACAACACGGCGCACUACGGCCACCCUGACGAGUGGGACUUCCCGGUGGUGCACGUGAGCUGGUCAUGGUGAAGGGUCAUGGUGAAGGGAUGGUCAUGGUGAAGGGAUGGUCAUGGUGAAGGGAUGGUCAUGGUGAAGGGAUGGUCAUGGUGAAGGGAUGGUCAUGGUGAAGUGGUGAACGCCGAGAGUUGGUCCCACGAAGAAGUUAGUCGAGAUUAGUAAAUUUAUUUAUUAUCGGUUAUGGAUUGAGUCUUUUGUUUUGUAGUUCUCGUGUUGUACCUACAUCGUUGGAUUAUCUAAGAAAGUCGUAAUUUUCUCAAAUACGGUACUCAUGAAAUCUUCUGUAAUAUUGGUGUGUGUGUAGCUGCAAGUUAGAGUUGAAGGUUAGGCCUGCUAUGUAUGUAGGAUUGUAGGUCCACAUCAUUUUACCAUUUAGAACUGUAUGUUUUCACAGGGAAUAUCUUUAAGCCACUUUCAUUCUAUGUUAUUCCCUUCUUCAACCAGCUCAGUGUUGCCCUAUACAUUGUCAUCAAAUUGUUCAUGGUAAUAAAUUGCAAUUAGAUAUUUUACGUCAAUAACUAUUCCGGUUAUGUGGCUACGCUCAUCACACGCAUCUGUUUCAGCCCCGAUUGCAAAUUAAAUUUAUUCUGGAAUAUUUGUAAUUCCUUAAAUUCAGACCAAAAUAAUAACUCAUAAAUUUAUUGUUUAACAUUUCAUUGUGUGCUCCGUCCGAGCAGGUUAAUUUCCUUGCUUGCACUACUAAAUUUGCCAAUAAAUUGGAACUCUUAAUUGCGCGUUUUAUUUAAAUUUUAAUUUGGCCGUGUAAAGUUAGUUGUAGAUGCCUGAAUUGGGAACAUGUAAAUUCGUUUUCAUGUGAUAAUCUUGAUGCCUUUCACACUGCAAACUCUAAGAACUAGAUCUGACGGUGUUUAGCAUAAUUCCUUCUGACAUGAGCAUUGUAUCUUAGUGUUGCAUUUUGUUUAGAAUUGUAAAAUCCUAUUUUUGAGUUUUUUUAUAUUGUAUUUGGGAGCAAGCUUUCCUUGUAGUUUUGCGCGGGAAGAUCAGGUCUGUUGUUCUACCUAUUCUACUCUGUAAAGUUUACAGCCCAAGCUCAUUUUAAUGCGAUUUCAUGCUAAGCAUUCUAUGUCACAAAGCUUCUUUCAUCUUGGAUAUGUUUGAAAUCUUGUGAAAGUUGGCACUUCCAUCAUUAAGAUGGUGUCAUGAACAACUUAGCAGCUUGAUGAUAAUCAGAGCAACUAACUCCUAUUUGUUGCAAAUCAGUACGUGUACUACGUUGUAGAGUAUGUUAUGUCUGUAAAAUCUCUGCACGUAAUGCGUGUUGCACAGUCCAAUUUUGUUUAAUAUUAGACUAGAUUCUUUAAUUGUUUGAAUGGAGCUAUCAAAUUUACUUGUGGAAUUGAAAUAAACUAUUUCCUGAAUGGC